UGGGAAAAGGAAGAAAGGUUUAAUCUGAAACCCUAAAGCGACGACAAAAGAGAGUUCACUGCCGCAACGACUGAUUCGGUGACUGAUUUUCCAUUUUCCGUUCAGGAAAGGGAAAAAUGACACCGUUGGGGAUUAGAAAGCAACCAAGUGGAGCUGAAAAAAGAAAAAGGAGAAAGAAAAUACAAGAAUUUGUCAAGUCGCAAGCCAAUUCUAUGUUGAAGUUCCUCAAGAAACCCGAAAAUUCUACUGAAACCAUCGGUGCUCAAAGAAAUAACAGAGAUGAUACUGGUCAGAGUAAAGUUGCUCCUGAGAAUUUGGAUGGGGGUAAAGAGAAUGAUGAGGAAGAAGAGGUUGUGUAUCAAAGUGAAAACAAGAAGGAACAUAUCUCUGAAGAUAUGUUUGAUCCUGGGAACUGGAGAAACGUUGAUACGAGAUUGAGAGAAUUAUUGGUUGAAAAAGGUCCAGUGGCAAGGCUACCAAGUGAUUAUCAGUUUCCUAAGGAUGCUAAUGGUAAGCAUUUCUCGCAUGCGUGCUACAUAAGAGUAAUGGCAAAUGGAGAGAAAGUAGACCGAAAAUGGCUGGUUUACUCAAAAGCUAUGGACAAAGUUUUUUGUUUUGGCUGCAAGUUGUUCAUAGAUGAUGAUCAGAAGAAUGUUAGUCAUACUUUGGUAAAUACAGGGUAUAAUGAUCGGGGAAAUGUUUCGACAUUUCUCAAAGAACAUGAAAGAAGUUGUGAUCACAUUCGUUGCGUGACUCGUUGGGCACUGUUGAAGAUAAGUCUACAAAAGAAGAAGGAAUAUAUCUCUGAAGAUAUGUCUGAUCCUGGGAACUGGAGAAACGUUGAUACAAGGUUGAGAGAGAAAUUGGUUGAAAAUGGUCCAGUGGCAAGGGAACCAAGUGAUUAUCAGUUUCCUAAGGAUGCUAAUGGUAAGCAUUUCUCGCACGCAUGCUACAUAAGAGUAUUGGCGAAUAGAGAGAAACUAGAUCGACGGUGGCUGGUUUACUCAAAAGCUUUGGAUAAAGCCUUUUGUUUUUGCUGCAAGUUGUUCAAAGAUGAACAGAAAAACGUUGGUGGUAACUUGGCAACUAGAGGGUACAAUAAUUGGAGAAAUGUUUCUACAAGGCUCAGAGAACAUGAAAGAAGCCAUGAUCACAUGCUUUGCAUGACUCGUUGGAAACAGUUGGAGAUAAGACUACAUAAAGAUCAGAUAAUUGAUAAGCUGAUUAAGUCAUAG